AAAUCAACUCUAAGUCCAAGGCUGGAAAAUCACCCACCCUGUCGGGGCCAUUCACAGAUUCCUCUCCAGCUUCUGGCAGCAGCCCCGGGUUUCCAUGUAGAAGUUCAUCCUACCCCUCAGACUUUUAGGAGAGAGCAGGGAACGCGGGCUGACCCAAUCGGCACAGCCCAUUCCUCUCAGCUGCAGUGACUGGCUUAGGCCUGGGCACCUGACUUAAGCUCCUCCAAUCUGAGAGAACUUUAAGAUGCUGGGAGAGGUGCAGUGACCUCCUGGAGGCCACGGAGUGAGGACACAGACUCAGGAAGCCCAGUGAGCCGUCUCCUCCAGAGCCUGGCCUGCCAGGUGGUACAGGCCCUUGCAGGAGAAGAGGCAGUUCGUCUCGAGGUGGCACCCAGACUGGCCGCGGGACCAUGGCAUUGCUCCGGGCGCCUGCGGGAGCCUGGCUGGCCUUGACCCUGGCCCUGGCCCUGGGCCCGAGCUCCGGCGGGGCCGCCCCCAGGCAGGACUGCACAGGUGUGGAGUGCCCACCGCUGGAGAACUGCAUCGAGGAGGCGCUGGAGCCGGGCGCCUGCUGCGCCACGUGCGUGCAGCAGGGCUGUGCCUGCGAGGGCUACCAGUACUACGACUGCCUGCAGGGCGGCUUUGUGCGUGGCCGCGUGCCCGCCGGCCAGUCCUACUUUGUGGACUUCGGCAGCACCGAGUGCUCCUGCCCCCCCGGCGGCGGCAAGAUCAGCUGCCAGUUCAUGCUGUGCCCGGAGCUGCCCCCCAACUGCAUUGAGGCAGUGGUGGUGGCCGACAGCUGCCCGCAGUGCGGCCAGGUGGGCUGUGUCCACGCUGGGCGCAAGUACGCUGCCGGCCACACCGCGCACCUGCCACCCUGCCGGGCCUGCCACUGUCCUGACGCUGGCGGUGAGCUCAUCUGCUACCAGCUACCUGGUUGCCGCGGAGAUGCCGAGGCUGCGCCCUCCGCCACUGCUGGGAACUUCUCAGAUGCUGAGGAGGGUGACCCUGAGCGACACUACGAAGAUCCCUACAGCUAUGACCAGGAGGUGGCUGAGGCGGAGGCUGCGGCGGCCCUGGCGGGCGAGCUCCAGGCAGGCGCAGGGGGCCCGGCCGCGCUGGGAGGCGGUGGUCAGCCGUCCUCCGCCAUCCAGGACACCCCCUGGCCGGCCGCCCUCCCCAGGCCCACGGCGGCUGCUGCCCUGGGUCCCCCGGCCCCCGUGCAAACCAAAGCCAGGAGAGUGACAGAGGACAGCCAGGGCGAGGGGCAGGCCGGGGCAGAAGAGCUGGCCGUCAGGGAGCAGCCCGCCGCAGGUGGCCCCCGGGGACUGGAUGGACUGCCCACUGUGGACCCAGCUGGGCCUCAUCUCCCCGCCCAAGAGGGCACGGCAGCGGCGGGAGUGGGGCCUGAAGAGAACUUAAUCCCAGACGCCCAGGCCACCCUUCGCAGUGCAGGGCAGGAGGGAGCCGGGCCCAUCCCGGAGUCCAGCACGGCCGGCGUCCCCCCAUCACAGGCCACACCGCACUCUCCCGGGGGCACGACGAAGCCCAGCACCCACACUGUCCUGACCACAUCUCCCGAGGAGGCACCCUGGGUCCCACCCACCCAAGAAGUGCCCAAGCAGCCACCGGUUCUGCCCCGUGUUCAGCCAGCGGAGGACACAGACCCUAACUCUGUUCAUUCUGUCCCCAGAGGUGACCCUGAAGUCUCCACGAAGGAUCUGAUUGAGACGUGCUGUGCAGCCGGACAGCAGUGGGCCAUCGACAAUGACGAGUGCCUGGAAAUCCCUGAGAGCGGUGCUGAGGGUGACGCCUGCAGGACAGCCCAGAAGCACUGCUGUGUGUCCUACUUGAAGGAGAAGAGCUGCAUGGCUGGCGUCAUGGGGGCCAAGGAGGGCGAGUCCUGUGGGGCUGAGGACAAUGACACCUGCGGCGUCUCCUUGUACAAGCAAUGCUGUGACUGCUGUGGCCUGGGACUCCGUGUGCGGGCUGAGGGCCACUCAUGCGAGUCUAACCCCAACCUGGGCUACCCCUGCAAUCACGUCAUGCUCUCCUGCUGUGAAGGUGAAGACCCCCUCAUUGUGCCCGAGGUCCGCCGGCCUCCGGAGCCCGAAGCUGCACCUCGGAGAGUUUCAGAGACAGAGUUGGCGAACCGGGAGGCCCUAUCCCUGGGCACAGAGACUGAGCUGCCCAACAGUCUGCCUGGGGAUGAUCAGGAUGAGUGCCUGCUCCUCCCAGGGGAGCUGUGCCAGCAUCUCUGCAUCAACACCGUGGGUUCCUACCACUGUGCCUGCUUUCCUGGCUUCUCACUGCAGGACGAUGGCCGUACCUGCCGCCCAGAAAGUGACCCCCCACAGCCGGAGGCUGCAGAGGAAUCUGCAGUGAAACCAGAGUCCUCCCAGGUGGCCUCCAACACCAUCAUGCUACCAGUGCCACAACCCAACACCUGCAAAGAAAAUGGGCCCUGCAAGCAGGUGUGCAGUGUCAUUGGGGACACAGCUAUGUGCUCCUGUUUCCCUGGCUAUGCCAUCAUGGCGGAUGGUGUGUCCUGUGAAGACCAAGACGAGUGCCUCAUGGGCACUCAUGAUUGUAGCCUGCGACAGUUCUGUGUGAACACCUUGGGAUCCUUCUACUGUGUCAGCCACACGGUGCUCUGUGCCAAGGGCUUUAUUCUCAACAGGCACCGGAAGUGCGUGGACAUCAACGAGUGUGUGACGGACCUGCACUCGUGCAGCCGGGGCGAGCACUGCGUCAACACCGUGGGUUCCUUCCGCUGCUACCAGGCCCUCACCUGUGAGCCUGGCUAUGCCCUCAAGGAUGGCGAGUGCACAGAUGUGGACGAGUGUGAGCUGGGCACGCACAACUGCCAGGUGGGCUUCACGUGCCAGAACACCAAGGGCUCCUUCUACUGCCAGGCACGGCAGCGCUGCAUGGAGGGCUUCCUGCAAGACCCCGAGGGCAACUGCGUGGACGUCAACGAGUGCACGUCGCUGUCCGAGCCGUGUCGGUCAGGCUUCAGCUGCAUCAACACUGUGGGCUCCUACACGUGCCAGAGGAACCCCCUGCUCUGUGGGCGCGGCUAUCACGCCAACCAGGACGGGACCAAGUGUGUGGACGUGAACGAGUGUGAGACGGGUGUGCACCAGUGCGGCGAGGGGCAGGUAUGCCACAACCUCCCCGGCUCCUACCGCUGUGACUGCAAAGCUGGCUUCCAGAGGGACGCCUUCGGCCGGGCCUGUAUCGACGUGAACGAGUGCUGGACCUCACCAGGCCGUCUGUGCCAGCACACGUGUGAAAACACACUGGGCUCCUACCGCUGCUCCUGUGCCUCGGGCUUCCUCCUGGCUGCGGAUGGCAAGCACUGUGAAGAUGUGAACGAAUGUGAAACCCAGCGCUGCAGCCAGGAGUGCACCAACAUCUAUGGCUCCUACCAGUGCUACUGUCGCCAAGGCUACCAGCUGGCCGAGGACGGGCACACCUGCACAGACAUUGACGAGUGUGCUCAGGGCGCUGGCAUCCUCUGUACCUUCCGCUGUGUCAACGUGCCGGGGAGCUACCAGUGUGCAUGCCCGGAGCGGGGUUACACCAUGACGGCCAAUGGGAGGUCCUGCAAGGACCUAGACGAGUGUGCACUGGGCACCCACAACUGCUCCGAGGCUGAGACCUGCCAUAACAUCCGGGGCGGCUUCCGCUGCCUGCGCUUUGAGUGUCCUCCAAACUAUGUCCGGGUCUCCGAAACGAAAUGUGAGCGCACGACGUGCCACGACUUCAUGGAGUGCCAGAACUCGCCAGCGCGCAUCACCUACUACCAGCUCAACUUCCAGACGGGCCUCCUGGUGCCCGCGCACAUCUUCCGCAUCAGCCCGGUGCCCGUCUUCGCAGGCGACACCAUCUCCCUGGCCAUCACCAAGGGCAACGAGGAGGGCUACUUCGGCACGCGUCCACUCAAUGCCUACACGGGCGUCGUCUACCUGCAACGGUUGGUGCGCGAGCCCCGGGACUUCGCCCUGGACGUGGAGAUGAAGCUCUGGCGACAGGGCUCCGUCACCACCUUCCUGGCCAAGAUGCACAUCUUCUUUACCACCUUCGCCCUGUGAGGCAGCCGCCUGCCCAGCACCCCACGGGGGCCAUGGAACCCCGAUCCUCCCGCUGUGUCCCCACACCAGCCUCUGCACCACCUGCCAGUGCACACCUUUCUGAGGUUGCUGAACACUGCAUGUGUGCGUGGGGCCGGGUUAUGGUGGUAGCUUUUACUCUAACUCUGUAAAUUAACUUAAUUUUGCUGACUCGAUUCCUCCUGGAUUCCUGGGCCUCUCCUGUGCCCUGCCCUGCGGGAGGGAGCUGGGCAAAACUUUGAGGGCAGCUCAAGGUCACCAAGGCAGGUGCUCGGUGGGUGGAGUCAGAAGGCCGAAGACUGAAACACAGCUACCGCGCUGGGGUGUUUGGACUUAACCAAGUGACCUGUCCCCAAGGCUGAUACUCAACAUUUCAUAUUCCACUGUGAUUAUUAGUUCUUUACUUUAAAAAAAAUCAUUUUAAGUGUUUUUGUUUAAUUAUAAAAGUAGUAUGCACACAUCGCAAAAAAAUAUAUUCAAAUAGUA